AGGUGUCCCUUUAAAUAGUAAUCGAAACCCUCUUCAUUGGAGUCGAAGGCUGAUGAGCUGAGUUUUUAGACAAAAGGUGAGAUGGGCCAUCGCUGCUGCACCAAACAGAAGGUUAAAAGAGGUUUAUGGUCCCCUGAGGAAGAUGACAAGCUCAUCCAACAUAUCGCUGCCAAUGGCCAUGGAAGUUGGAGUUCUGUGCCUAAACUUGCUGGCUUGCAGCGGUGUGGGAAAAGCUGCAGGUUGAGAUGGAUAAACUACUUAAGGCCCGACCUGAAGAGGGGUUCCUUCACAGCUGAUGAAGAACAAAUAAUCAUCGAUGUUCAUAGAAUUUUAGGCAAUAGAUGGGCUGAGAUCGCCAAGCAUCUUCCUGGAAGAACAGACAACGAGGUGAAGAACUUUUGGAACUCAUGCAUUAAGAAAAAGCUGCUCUCGCAAGGCUUGGACCCAAAAACACACAAUCUACUCUCCUUACGUCAAAGAGCCUCUAAUAAAGCUGCAUGCAAAUAUUCAUCAUCUUCACAAUCACAACAAACUUCCUUCACUGUUUCCAAUAUCAGUUCACAGGCUAGAGACACCAACAACACCAUGGCAAUGUUUAUUCCUAGCUCCGAACCCCAUAACCCUAAUGCUGCUUUUGCUCAGGAAUCCACCAUAUACCCUUAUUGCUCAUCCUUUGAUACCACAAUUGUUCCUUCUUCUCCUCCCUUGACUCAAUUACAUGGUCUCGGUAACAUGUUGUAUGAAAACACUUGCAUUUGGGAUGACGCCAUUGUUGAAACGUUUGAAGAACCUAGAGUUGAAGACCUACAACAACAGAAGCAACAAGAGAAGAAGAUUGGCGAGAUAACAAACGACAAAUUUGAUAUGGAUGCUUCAUUGGAAAUCGAGGGUGGUAGCUUUGACCUGGGCCUUCUUGAGUCCACACUCAUGUCUGCAGCAAUGUAUAGUGAUUUGAGUUCCGUGGACGAUUUCGGAUGGAACUUUUAGGAUUACUUAUGUGCAUAUUAUUAAAUACCCUUGCAUCUUUACAAGUUUAUUCAUUCCAAAAAUUUAAUGCAACGGUUUUACUAAGGUUUAUGAAUUUUAUUGGA